CUAGCUUGGAACCUCCAUUAAAGCUUCAAAUGGAGAAGCUUCUGAGGCCAUAUGAUAAAGAACACAUGAAGUUGGCAAUGUUAAAGCAUGAAGAGACAUUCAGAGAGCAGGUUUAUGAACUUCAUCGUCUAUACCGGAUCCAGAAGGCAUUGAUGAAGAACUCUAAGAGCAGCAGCAGCAGCAUCCAUGGAGAAGGGCUACACCUGGAGAAAUCGAAUUACAUUUAUAGUCACAAUUCUAAUCCUCUUCCAAGUUCAAAGAUGGGUGUCGACCUUGAACAGCUGGCCCGAGUAUACAACAAUGCCGAAUCGGAGGGAUUAGUCGGAGUUAACUCGGAGAUUUUAGACGAGCGAGAUUGA